UUAUAGCCGCUAAUAACGGAAUAUAUUCCUUUAAAGUAUACUCAUCACCCUUGUACCAUAACAUUACGAAACCAGUAGCUUUCAUAAGUCAGCAACAACAACGAAUAACAGUCCAUUUUCCGAUAAUUUAGCUACAGCGUACACAGGCUUCAAUGUUGUUGUUUCGAUAAGGGCCAUGAAAAUUAGGACUUCCGGUGUAAACAGGCGUUGUAGUCUCAAAGCAGCAGUGAAUAGCUACGUUUUGUUAAUUAAAAUCAUCGAUCCAUUUCAUUUGUAAAUUACGUACUCUUCUCCGUUUAAUGUGUGAUUUGAUUUUACAGCCCUAAUCACUUUCAGGUUGCAUUGGACAUACAGUAGCCUAAGCUAGCCAGAUACGUUAUAAGGGAGGGUUUACUGCUUAACUUCUACUAUUACUUUUGGUUAUUAGCCUAACUUACAUUCAAAAUGACUAUUUACAUAAACCUGUUUCACCAUGCUGAGCUCAGCGUGUAAUUUGCGAAAGUCAACCAUGCAACAGGAUUGUAGGUGCAUUUUAGGGGUCUAAACCACGUCAACGUUUAUCAUUGCAGGACACAUCACAAUGAGUUAUGCAGACAAGCCGGAGGAAAUGACUAGAGAAGAGUGGAUGGAGAAGAUCAACAAUGUUCACAUACAGCGAGCAGAUAUGAACAAACUCAUCAUGAAUUACCUUGUGACAGAGGGUUUCAAGGAGGCUGCAGAGAAGUUUCGUAUGGAGUCAGGAAUUGAACCCACCUUAGACUUGGACUCUUUAGAUGAGAGGAUAAAGAUCCGGGAGAUGAUCCUGAAGGGGCAAACCCAGGAAGCCAUCGCCCUGUUAAACAACCUCCAUCCAGAAUUACUGGAUACAAACCGUUACCUUUACUUCCAUCUUCAGCAGCAGCACCUGAUCGAGCUGAUACGUUUGCGGGAGACAGAGGCUGCACUGGAGUUUGCACAGACUCAUUUGGCGGAGCAGGGUGAGGAGAGCCGUGACUGCCUGACAGAGAUGGAGCGCACUCUAGCUUUGCUGGCCUUUGACAACCCAGAGGAGUCACCCUUUGGUGAUCUGCUCAACAUGAUGCAACGGCAGAAAGUGUGGAGCGAGGUGAACCAAGCAGUGCUGGACUACGAGAACAGAGAAUCCACACCGAAGCUCGCAAAACUCCUGAAGCUCCUGCUUUGGGCACAGAAUGAACUGGACCAGAAGAAGGUGAAGUACCCCAAAAUGACCGACCUCAGCAAAGGGACCAUUGAGGACCCCAAGUAAAACACAGUAGCCUUGUGCAACUUUACUGUGGAUAACAACAUGGAACACCAUUUUAUUUAUACACAGUCUGUGACUGAACUUUAACUAUCUUUUGUGAUUGCUACUUCAGAGACUAUGAGUUCAACAUGAGAUUGUGAACUGGAUUUUUUUUUUUAAUGUUGAAAAGUGACUUGCUGAAUAAUGAAUGGCCAAAAUAGAAACACCUGUAUGCUGCAACAUUGGUGACCUUCAAUUUCAUGAUGUUUGUAGAUCUUUAGGUGGAUUGAGUUUCACUGUUUGCUCUGUACUUCUCUAGUACUGUUUCUGGAAAUGUAAAGAAACCAAUCAGUGGACUGUUUAAGCCUAAAUUAGGCUCCUUAUAAGUUGUGUAGAUGCCUGUCCACUGAUUUGUCAAGUGAAGCACUGUAUACAAAACAGUACUUUCAAUUUGUCAGAGGUUGAAUGUACUUGGGUUUAAUAUUGAUGGAAACCAACUGGUUGUGUUUGCUUUUUGAAAUUUUCUAUUUUAUAAAUGUAUUAUUAAGGGUGAAUAUAGGGAACAGCUGCCUGUGAAUAUUUAAAAACUAUUGCAUUGUGACUUUCUUUUUGCUGUUUCCUUAAUUUAGUUUAAUGACGUUUACAUUCUUCACACAUUUAAUGUGAUUUCUAAAGGCUGUUAAGCUGGUAGUUUCUGCAGUCAGAGGCUUUACAGAAGAUUAAUUCAAUAUUGUUUCAGGAAAAAAAAACGCUAAGUGGAAUUUAAUUGGGUUGCACAUUAUAAUAAUUGAGUGUUAUUAAAUUAUGAAUUUGCAUUAAUCCUUUGA